CGUUCGCGUCGCUCGCCCUGAACUCUACCAGGCCAAACCUAAAAGCCAGAACUUCAGUCUGGUCUUCGGGAUCGGUCGCGGGGGUGGCUGUACACUUCCGGGAGUGGGGCCAAAGGGCCAACACGUCAGAGGGUGGCCUCGGGGAACGCCGAGUUCCAGAUUUGAGCUUUUCGAGGGGGUGAUUCCGGGACGGUUUCGAAGUAGUUACGGUACGGAUUUGAUCCGGGGAAUCGCGCGGUCGGUGCGACCUUCGGGAAGGUGUGUCCGGUGAUUCCGAAUUGGAACCAGUGAGUAGAAGGUUGAGAUCAGGGAAUUCCGUGAACCGUAAAGUCCUGUCAAGUCUGGUGCUGGUGUCUACACCAGCUGGUGUGUCAAGACCAGAAGUUUCGUGUGCGGGAAAGAGAAGGGAAGAGCGUUCCCCUUCCCUCCACUAAAAAGGAGUAACAGAGAGAGCAGAGAGAGAACCUCGCGGAAGCUCCGGAAACAAGUGUGAGCUUAAUUACCCGGGAUUUUCCGCGAGUUGUUGCGGCGGGCAAGGGCAAGGAAAAUCUUCUUGCGCGCGUGUGUUGGUGGUGUUGGUGUCUUCUUCCAAGAAGAAAGAAGAGGAAAGGAUAAAUUUUCGGGUUUGGUGAAUGGAAAAGCACCCACGUGUGCGUGUGUGUUGGUGUGCGUGGGAAAAUCCGUGUAAACAAGAGCAAUUUUCCCAAAUCCCCCCCGGGAGGAAAAGGAUUUCCACAGCGUCGUUAAAAUUUGCGCCUCCUCAAAAUGGAGUUUUCCUCUUGAAUUUCUCCUUGUCAACGGGCGCGAGCCGCGGGGAAAUUUAUCACCGAAAAUAGAUUCCAUCGUGGUAGGAUUUCGGGGAUUUCGGUGGCAGGAUGUAAAUACGAGUGGGAAUUUUCCCCACCCGGAAGUAAAGGAAAAACUGUGCCAGUGUGUGUGGGUGUGAUUUUCUGCUGACAGGAAGUGGUCACGACGUUGGUGACGGUUAUUUGGAUGGAACGUUUCGGCGCCAAAACGGGACGAAGAAGGUGAAAAUUUCCAUCGGACACAAAGUGUUGUUUAGUGGGUGGAAAACAACCGGAAAGCAACCAGCAGCAGCAGCAGCAGCAGCAGCAGCAGUGUGAAUGUCCGGAGAGGAAACGUGAAAAUUGUCACCACGCGAGGAAAAUGGCCACGACUUAUGGCGAUCCGGGACAGAUUUCCAACCUGGUCCAGCACCGGUCCGAGGCGCACCAGCACACGUCGGAGCGGACGCUGCGGGCCAUCGGGCGGGUCGGGCAGGCGGUGAACCUGGCCGUUGAGCGGUUCGUGACGGUGGGCGAGACAAUCGCAGAUGACAAUCCAGAAAUCAAGCAGGACAUGUACGAUGCCUGCAAGGAGGCACGAGCAGCUGGCUCAUCGAUAGAGCGUUUAUGUGAUAUUGCGGCAACGGAUCCGGUGGUCGGGUACGCGCCCCGGCCCAAUCCGAUUGACGACAGGGGACCGAUGAUACGGGCCGCCCGGACCCUGCUGAGCUCGGUGACGCGGGUGCUCCUGCUGGCCGAUAUCGUGGUCGUUAAACAGUUAUUAUUAGCCAAAGACAGGGUAGCUAGAACUUUAGGUAGAUUAGAAUCAGUGGCCAAUUUUACAGAAUUCGUGAAAGCCUUCUCAGUAUUCGGCGCUGAGAUGGUGGAGUUAGCGCAUGUGACAGGAAAUCGACAAAAUGAUCUGAAAGAUGAACGAAGAAGGGCGCAGAUGUCGUCCGCCCGCCAAGUUCUGGAACGUUCCACGAUGAUGCUGCUGACGUCGUCCAAGACGUGCAUGCGGCACCCGGAGUGUGCCCACUCCAAGGAGAACCGCGACACCGUCUUCUGCCAGAUGCGGCGCGCGAUGGACCUCAUCCACUACGUCGUCAAGGACGGCAUCCUCGAGACGGCCUCCGAGCGGAACGCCCUGCGACAGGUCCCCGAGUGGGACUCGGAACGAGCGACGGCCUUCACCUGCCUGCGGCACUUUUCGCGCCUCAUCGAGAUGUCCCGGCCGGAGUACGUGGAGGCACGGCGCAGUAAACAGCAAGGUGGUGGCGGCGGAGGUAACGGUGGCCCCGGUGUGGGGCCCUCGAGCGGGGUAGGACCACCCGGUGGCGUGGGGAAGGACACGUGCAUCUCACCGACCGGGCUCCGCGACAAGGAAACGGGCAUCGAGUACGACCGAGCGCGGCGGGAGCUGACGAGGCGGAACAGCGAACGCGACCGGGACCGAAAUUCCAUUGGCCAUUCCAGAGAGUAUAGUACUAGGGAACGGGAGUUCCCCAAAUAUGACAAUAAAGCUGAUUUAGGGAUCUCAAUAUUCUCGUCGGACACCCGGGAGCAGCUGUUGGCGGCGCUGGACAAGGUGUGCGAGAAGACUCAGGACUUUACGGACUCGGCGUACACGAGCCACGACCACCGGGAGAACAUCCUGCUGCUGUGCGACCGGGCCAAGCUGGAGCUGAACCAGCUGAUGCGGAUCGCGGUCAGCAUGGAGCAGUAUCCGAACGCGUCGUACGACGUGGAGGGCGCGAUCGAGGCCGUACUGACGGCGGCCCACGACCUCACGACGCAGCUCACGAUGUCGGCCCAGGAGCAGUCAGCGGAGCUGACCCACAUCAUCAAGUCCGGCAUCGACAUUGCCAACUCGCUCAGGAACAUUGCCUUAAACCAGGAGAUCGAUCGAUUGCAGGAGUGUGCCGACCGGUUUCACGAGCACAUCGAUCAUGUGCUGGAGGUUUGCAAGCUGCUGCGGCAGAUCGCGCUGACGGAGACGCUCCAGGUGCAGGCCAAGUUCACCGAGAUCAACGUGCGGAUCUACGGGCCGCAGGUCAUCACGGCGGCCCGCGCCCUCACGUCCCACCCGCAGAGCAAGAUCGCCAAGGAGAACCUGGAGGUGUUUGUCGACAUGUGGCAGUGGCUGUCGACGGACGUCACCACCAUCACCAAGGAGGUCAUCGACCUGGCCCAGGCGACGACGAAGGCCGACAAAACCACCGAGUAUCUAAGUCUUCCGAGACCGGGGAAACAUGGAACCACAUCGAAACCCCUGAAGCCAACGCGCCUCGACUCGGAGGAGCAGGAAAAGAUUGCCAAAACCGGACUCGAGAUGAAGAUGGUCACGAACGAGAUGGACGCCGAGACGGACAAGUGGAACGGGGCGUCCGAGGAGAACAACGACAUCGUCAAGAGGGCGAAAAACAUGUCCGCGAUGGCGUUCUCGAUGUACCAGUUCACCAAGGGCGAGGGCACCCUCCGCACCACCCAGGACCUGUUCACCCAGGCGGAGUACUUUGCCGAGGAGGCGAACCGCCUGUACAAAGUGGUCCGGCAGUUCUCGUACCAGGUGCCGGCCGGUGCCCCCAAGAAGGAACUUCUCGAGCAUCUGGACAAAGUGCCAACGUACGUGCAGACGCUGCAGUUCACCGUGAAGGAUCCGACCGUCGGGAAGGCGGCCACCUUCGUCAAGGUGGACCACGUCAUCAACGAAACCAAGAACCUGAUGAAUGUGAUAUCGAAGGUGGUGUCCACGUGCUUCGAGUGUGCGAGCAAGAUCUUCGAGCUCACGGGGAUGCCCUUCGACAACCGGCUGAUCAGCGUCCCCACCGUGGUGAGCCCCCUCGAGCCCACGCUGAGCAGAAAGUCGUCCAAAGAUAAGGUAACCACGGCGGGCAGCCCCGGCAGCGGUGGCAGCUCCGGCAGUUCGCCAUCUGGGGCAGCACCACGCGAUAGACGAAGACUGCUACUUGCCAAGUAUCGCUAGGCCUCGAUCGAUUCACCCAACACUCUAUCUACUACUAGCAGCUGCCUUCUUUUCUCAAAACCACCACCGUGUCUGUGUGUUGCUGCAGUAGUAGAGUACGAAACAAAACAAAAAAAAUCAGGAGAUAAAAUUGAACGACAUACGAACUCAGAAACUAUUUUCAUGAUCAUCUCUAAAGGUUCACCGCCGUGUAGACGAAACAGUUCCAGAAACCAGAUUCUAAAUAAAAGUGUGCCAAAAUCAGCAACAAACCAAACGCGCCAUCAGCCAUUUCCUGCCAAUAUCUACUUUAGUUUUAUUACUCAGUAUGUACUAGUAACUACCUUGUAGAGAGAUAUAGGAGCUGCGACAAACAUCCACCCACCCACGUGUCAUUUUACAUUUAGUGUGUAGCAAAAGGUUUUAUUCUUUUAUUCUUGAAACGAAACGAAAUGAAACGAAGAAAAAA